AUGCUACUAGAAAUAUACGGUCACGUCAAGACCAAUUCCCUCUCUCUACUUGCUGAUGCACUGCACCUUCUCGUUGAUUUGAGUGGAUUCAUUCUAUCAAUGAUCACUAUCAGACUGUCCCAGAAACUUCCCACUUCCAAAUACACCUUUGGAUUCCACCGAUACGAAAUACUCGGUGCACUUGGAACCGUCCUUCUUAUUUGGAUUGCUGCUCUCUAUUUAUUGCUUGAGGCAUUCUAUAGAUACCAAAGUCCCAAGCAGAUUGAAAGUGGUGGCUUCACAGCAGUUGCUCUAGUUGGACUAUUUGUCAACAUUCUGUGCUACGGAAUACUCCACUGUGACAUCAACAAAAUACUAAAUAAGCUUACAGGAUAUGGAUCAGUAGAAAAUGAUGAUGGAAAGGACAAUUGCGUUGAAAAGGAGCAUAAUACGCUCUACACGAAGACAUUUGACAACUUCUCAUUUUCAUCUGAGUUUCUGGCUGAUUACGUUGCAACAGAUCCAAAACAUAGAAGACACCUGAAUAUGAAGGCAACUGAUUCCCAUGUCAUUGGUGACAUAAUCCAGUCCACAGGCGUAUUGAUUGCUGCUGGAAUAGUCUGGUACGAACCAAUCUACGUUCUGGCUGACGUAUGUUGUACAGUGAUCUUUGUGAUUCUUGUGAUCUGGUCCACUGUUCCCGUAGUGCGAGAGGGCCUGUUUAUCUUGAGUGAGGGGUCUCCUAGUGCAGUUGACCUUGAUAAAAUCAGACGAGUCCUCCUGGUCCACCCAAAAGUGGUUCAGGUGCUUGGACUCCACUGCUGGUCAGUGGGCGUGAAUUGUAGGGCACUGAACGUGAAGAUCCUCGUGGAUCACAUUCUCAUUGAAGAAUACGAUGCAAUGCUUCGUGGAAUAAACCACUACCUGAAGAAUGAGGAGAAUAUUGAAAUAGUCACCGUAGAAAUACACACCCAGAACAGUGGAAUAAAUUAG